AUGGGUCGCCAUCUUGUCCAUUCGUUUGUUCUGACUUCGGUCCUGGGCUCCCUCGUUCGUGCAGGACCAUGUCGUCCCUCGACAACCUCAGUAGUUGCAGUCACAACUACAACCGCUACGACAAACUCUGAGGUUGGCGAUACCACCAUCUCUGUUCCAUUCACUACCGAGACAUCUGGAGCAGAGUCUACUGGUACCACCGACACCACGGUUGCCAUCGAAACCAGCAUCGAGACGUCCACUGUCACUGACAGUCAGACGCAGGCUAUUUCAACGACUGCGGCUUCUGAUGCUGCUGUUACUACCACGACUGAUGCUGCCGUCACUACCACGACUGAUGAUGCCCCCACUACCACGGCUGAGGCUUCCUCGACAACUGGCGCACCAGCCCCAACCUGUGUCAACAAUUUCAAGAACCCCGUACCUGAGGGUGCCUCUUGCGGUGACGAGGGCUUUCCUAGAAACUCCGUGUCAUAUGUGGGCAACGGACCUGUCGGUUCCAUAAUCGAUUGCUACGAAUCUUGCUUGACACAAGCCAACUCAACAUAG